UUUAAGACAAACCACGCAUACGUUGUAUUUGUUUGCAGACGAGCUCAUUUUUCUUUUUAUGUUGAAACUCGCCUCCGGGGUAUUUCAAGAGUAUUUCUUGCUACCAAAUUUUUGAAAACAUGUUCGAAAAACCUACACAACUUCCUUCUCCGCUCACAACCAUGGAAACUUGCGAGCAGAUACAAGUGCGAUACCUCAGAGUUAUGGAGGAAAUCUUCCGGCUGAGAGCACUACAUCAUCCUUCCACACCCGCCGACUCAGCCGCGACCAGUGAGAAACCCAGGCGAAUAGGCGAGACCUAGAAAUUAUCGAGAGGAUAGGUGCCAGGAACAAGGGUAUGAAAGAGAAGGUCACAAAAAUGAAAUGCUGCUCUCAACUCUACGCCGAGAGCCUCAAUACUCAAGGUGAUUAUGCUUUGAUGACGGGUAAAGGCGACGUAAACGACUUGAGCAUGGCAGUCAGUGUUGAUGAUGGUACCGCGCCACCCCGAGCCUGCCCGAUUCUCAGCAUCGAUACAAACGUUCCUCUUGCUAAGGAUGACAAUACCGCACAACGCGAGGCCUGCCCUAUGCUCCGUAUCGUCACCAAUGUUCCUCGUGCAAAGGAUUACAAUAGUUCUCCCACUCACCUGGGCCGCCCAAUGCUCAGCAUUGACACGGAUGUUCCUCAGGUUUUGUAUCACAGCAGCCCUGAGUGCAAUGACGACCACACUUGGUUCUCACAUGGAUCAGCGAGGACUACGCCUACUUCUGUGUAUGCGGAAAGCCCGCCAAUUGAAGACAUGGGCAAAUGGGAACCUGAGCAUGAUGACGGCCUUGACAACAGCAUACCGGCUGAGCGUGCCAUCAAUGCGUUCAAGGAUGUGAUCUUUGAAGUCCAUCGUCUUGAAGCGGAGGUCGAGCUCUUGAACUUUGACUUGUUCUCUCCAGACGCAAAGGAUGACCCACAGGCUUUCCGUCCCAUUUGGCAAUGGGAGGCGCGUAACUUCUCGAAGGAACUGAUGACGGAACUCGAUCAGAACAUGUUCAUGCGGGACCUACCCGCCAAGCUGGUGAGGGAGAUUCUGUCAAAGCUUGGGCAAAAAGAAGCUGUGACGGCACUGGUUGAGGAGCUGAUCCAGAUGAUGGGGUCUUUGAUGGAAUUUAUUGAACUCAAGAAUCCCAAGGCGUCAUAUCAAAUGAAUGUGAAUUUGAUAAUGAUUUAAUAACACCACUUCUCAUUAAUUUUGUAGGGUUUUUUUCCAUAGUCAAGAAACUUAUUUUUCCCUUUCGAAUUUGUC